CGGAUCUACGCAGGCCAUGCGAGGGCCUGGCGAGGGGAGAUGACGCAGGUCUUUCCUUGGCUGAUUCUAUUUUUCUCACUCAACAUCUCAGCAGCUUUCAGGACAACAAGACACGGUGCCUUUCGCCACAUGGAGGCGGCAUUCACCCCGCCGCACAGCAGCGUCGUGUGCGGGAACAUGCGGCCAACAAGAUCCUCUGCUGCACUGCGUGCAAAGCGCCAGGGUGGACCCGCACCUGUGGAGCACAAGAGGCGGAGCGGGCAGAAGGGGGGCAACAAGCCGCAGACCAGUGCAUCUCGGGCCAAGGAGGAGACUGGGGUGUUCACUUCUGACGAAAUGCGCGAUUUGAAAGACCUCCAGGCAUGCAACGAGAGCACAGUGCGCAGGAGGCCGGACGGGAUGAUUGGUUCCGUUCUGUGUGUGUCCUGACUGCUUCAGGGUUCUCCCUCUCUGUGGGAAGCGACCCUUGAGGCGCGCAAGCAGUACCCACAGGUCGGCAUGCACGGCACAAGACACUGUUAAUGAUCAAAGUCAGACCGUAUGUGCGGUUGGUUUGUUGAUCCAUCAGCUGCCGCGUGAGGCAGCAUUGCGCGAGUACCUCAAGGCAAGCAGGCCCACACAGCCGCCACAGGCACACGACGAAGUACCCGCCGUAACGCCCGUCAAGCGGCGAAGGAGAACCCCCAAGACACAGCAGCCCAGGCCGCUUCCUGCAGCAGCUGCAGCCACCAACCAGACGGCGGACCAUUUGCAUCUGCCGCUUGCUGCAAGGGAGAGGCCAUCUGUAGCGGCUGGUGCUGUGGCAGCUGGCGAGCCCCCCGUGUCAUCCUCACGUAAUGGCAGCGAUGUCUAUCAGCAGCUCAAUGUAGCUGACGGGUCGGUGUACAUCCCGGGGCUCUCAGCACCCGACGGACAGGUACUGUCGAACACUCACAGACAAUGCCAUCCGUCUAUCGUCCUGUCGACCAUCCUCUCCCCCUUUGCGUGUGUGCGUGCAGGUGCCGUCGAGCACAUCGUUAUCCUGGGCGAGAGCCCCAGCGUCUGCCGGCAGCGGGGCCGCUGCUCUCCCCGUCCUUCGUCAACAGAUUCCAUCCUCCCCCCUGGCCCCUCCCAUCAACACCACAUGGGAGGCGGGCGCCACGCUGGCCACCAUAAUGGCACAGGGGUUCAAGACCAUCACUGGGGGCGGCGACUUCGCCCGCCUCUACGCUUCCCUCGCCAACCUGCGGGCACUCACGAAAGAACAGACGCCGGUAGGAAGCCGCUCUGCCCACACACAUGCAAAGAUCCAUGUGUGUGCAUCCGUGUGUGUCCUCGGUGUUCUCAUGCAGAUGUAUGGCCGCUACGCGGAUCUGAGGGGCCUGGUGGUCCGUCUCAAUCAGACGGUCCGUGACCGCAAGGUCCGCUACUCGCGGGAGGCCCUCGAGCGCCGACUGGCUUCCAUCACAUUGCCUGGCCUGAACGACGACUAUGGCAGCAGCCUUGUAGGCCAGGAAGACCACAGCCAGAACCCGCUGGCCGCCGUGUCUGAGUGGCUGGAGGCCCUGCUGCGGCAGGAGGGGCCUACUGGGGCUGUCGAAGCCAACGUGACGCGGGCACUGCGUCUGCUGAAUCGGCUGACGCCCCCUGAGCCGUCGGUGGGCGAGGCGGAACUGGUGCUGGAGGCCCUCGACGACAUCACACACGCCGACAACGUCACGGUCCUCCGGGCCAUGGCGGCACACUGGGGCAUUGACAGUGGCGAGAGGGACGUGUGGGAGCUGAUUGGUGACCCGCAGUUGAGAUCCCGUCUGUGCGCCCCCCUCACGCCAGGCACACGGGACAUUAUCUCGGUCGUGGCGGACACACUGCAGCAGCUGGAGCCGGCGAGGGGGCUUGUCAUCCCCCCUGAGAUGGGCGACAACAUGACGGAGAGCGAGGCGCUGCGGCUGGUGACUGAGGGCGGUACCUACACCGACACGUCUGGCCGCACCAUCACCCUCAAGCCACUGCGGGACCUCAGCAGCAAGAGGCGGCGGCAGCGGCUGCUGCGCUAUGGCCUCACGCACACACACGUAGAGGCGCGUGACGCCGAUGACAGCACUGCGGAAGAGCUGGACAGUGACAGUGACGAGGAGAUUGACAACAGCAGCAGCUCGGAUGAGACGACAGCGAGGCGACGGGCGUCACCGCAAGAGGCCCGCGCCAUGGACAGAUACAUUCGGUGAGAGGGCGAGCGCUCACACGCCCCACAGGUCUGUCAGAUGACGGAUAUUUGCUUGUGUGUGUGUGUGUCAGGCUGGCCACGGUUGUUGACUUCCUGCACCCCCUGCUGAUGCAGUGGAUCGCCGAGACCGCCGCCUCCAUCAGUGCCGAUGGCGCCACACACGGCAACUUGCGCAACAGGAGUUUCCGAAGGUCACUCGAGAAGGCCCUGCAGCAGCGACAGGGCGGCCGGCUGGCCGACUACCUCAAGGUCAUCGAACGAGGGGGCCAGGAGGCCAUCGACCGAUUCCUCCAGUGAGCAUGCAGAGAGACAGCACAGACAGACACGCAGCAGCACACGACGCAGGCCAGAUUAGAUACGCAGUUUUUCGUGUUGGCUGCAGGGAUGGGUUGAAGACCCUAUUCUACCAAGUGAACCGGAUCGUCCGUGUGAGCGGCCCCCUUGACACAGAUGCUAUCACACGGAGGGGCGAACUGCUCAUGGUGGGUGGGUGAGGUGACUGACCUGACUGACACCCACAUUGCUCUCUGCAUGCUUCUGUCUGAUCUGAUUGUCUGUCUGUCUGUCUGUGUGCAGGAGGGAUACGUGUUGCUGCAGCACAUGGUUCGGGAGUACUCGUACCGUCAGGUGUGGACCUUCCAGUCCUACCUCGGCCUCCGCAUGUUCGAGCGCCGCAUCGUCGAGAUGGGCUUCAACCUCUCACGCAAAAUGAUCCACGUCAGGGUACGGAUUUCUAUGGGUGUGAGGGAGUGGGGGGAGAGACGCCUCUGCCUGCCUGCCUGCCACUGCAAACAAAGUGACCUGGUACGGUGUGCCCGUGUCUGUCUGUUGUGCUGUGUGCAGUCUGGUGAGAGCCGGCGCAUCAACGCCCUCUACGGCAAGAUGGUCGAAUACGAAGCACAGGUCAGUCAAGCCGGGCACAGGCACUCACAGCAGAGGCAGCCAGUAAGCCGUGUAUGUGUGUUGGUCGGUUGGUCGAUUCGUUCAGUUUGGCCGCCCGCCGAUGGCCGACGAGUUGGCAUCGUUGCUGGGGUGGUCGGUGGCCGAGGUCAACCGGGUCACGCAACUCAGACACAGACUCAAAAAUGUAACCACAGACCACAGGCACAGACAUACACCACACCCAGCCCGCCCUUAGAUGGCACCUCGCGUCUCUGUCUGUCUGUCUGUCUGUCUGUCUGUCAUGUGUGUGUGUGCAGAUGCAGUCCCUUGAGGAGAAGAGCAGCAUGUUUGGUGGCGGGGAUGACGGCAUCGGCGCCCCCGGCCCCACAGGCAGCUCAAUCGACGUCGUGCCUGACGCACGGCUGGGCGAGUCUCAAGACGACCUGCACCACAGCGACAAACACAAGGACGCCGCAAGCGCCAUGAGAGAGAGCUUCCGGCGUGCUGCCGAGCAGCAGGAGUACAGGCGGCUGCUGUCAGAGUGGCGGGUGGCAUUUGCUGAUGUCAUGGACACGGCACAGAUGGCCGACCCACUCAGCCGCGAGGCCAUCGCGGCAUACCUCUCCCACUCUGCAGCCACCGACAAACAGAAAGAGGUCAGUGAGCCGCCUGAAACCUCUCUUGUCUAUCUGAGUGUGUGUGUGUGUGUGUCUGUGUGUGUAUAGGUGCUGGAGCGCCAUUACGGUCUGGGUGGCUCUCAGCGGCCGAUGACGAUAUCAGAGAUCGCCCGUCUGUUUGGACGGCACCACGCCGCCAUCCAGAAGCACAUCAAGAAGGGCACCGACGCCAUACUCGACUUCGUCCUGCACCGACAGCCGUCCUUCUUCGCCUUUGUGGACGAGAGCGCCCUGCAUGGUCCGGACGGCCAUGUGGAUGACAUCGGGGCGUCGGUCAUCUACAACGCGCAUGUCAGGAGGGCGUCGCUGCUGGUCCAAGAGACCAAUGAGACAAAGCUGAGAGACCAGCAGAGGGCUGUGGUGCUGACCUGAGUGACGGGCCAGGUUGUGUCAGUGCAUUGGUUGUGGGUGCAUUGUGCCACGCAAUGCAAUGCGUUUGUCGUAUGCAUGCGCGUCAGUCAGGCCUUUUGUUUGUACAGAGUCAGCGGACGGAAGGGACGUACGGACGAGGAGCUAGCCAUGUGGGUGUAUCAUGAACAGACGGAUGGAUGGACGCAG